AUGAUUAAAUCCAUUAUUAUUUGUAAUUGUAGCGGAAAACCGAGAUUGAUCAAAUUUUAUGAUGAGAGCACCGAAUCGGAACAGCAAGCUUUUCUUCGUGAAACCUAUGAACUACUUCAUAAGCGAUCGAAUCGAUCCUGUAAUUUUCUAGAAAUAAAAGACAGUGAAUAUCGUGUAAUUUAUAGACAGUAUUCUACAAUCUAUGUUAUUUUCUGCAUUGAUUUAUCAGAAAGCGAGUUGGGCGUACUUGACCUUAUUCAGGUAUUUGUGGACUUGCUGGACCGAACAUUUGAAAAUGUCUGCGAAUUAGAUAUUAUUUUUAAUUCGGACAAGGUUCAUUUUCUUUUGAAUGAGCUUGUUUGUGGAGGUAUUGUUCUAGAAACCAAUUGUGCUGAAAUUCUCAGACGAAUGCAAGAACAAGAUCAGAUUGGAAAACUGUCCUCAGAAACCUCUACCCACACAAGCAUUAGAAACUCGUCCAAUAUUUCGACAAAGUUGCUGUCGGGUGUUAAGGUUGGUUCAAGUUUCAUUGCCUCUGUGGUUCCUUCUACCCUCAGUUCAGCUCGAGAAUGGGCCUCACAGUUGUCGGCUUCUGCUCCCUCACUGCGCAUAUCCAACAGAACUGGUUUUCGUGAUCUCAAAAACGAUCCCACGUUUCAUAGUACAAGUACUGAUACCGAAGAGACUGAGAAGAUUUGCCUGUGA